AUGUCCAUUUGCCUUGCAGUGACCAAAACGGUGGCAGUGUCGUCUCUAGGACUGUACUGCGGCAUCGUCUCCUCCGCGACCACAAUUGCGCUCAUCAGCCCGCUCGAAGCGCUCACGUCGCAACUACAACGGCCGAUCCGUGUUGUGCUCAAGAUCGCGGGCGCGCUGGCCGCCACCUCGUCCGCGUUCUUCGCGGCGAGCUACUUCGGGGCUCCACCCCACUGGCGCCAUCCAUAUCUACUCUACGGAAUGCUCGUGGCUCCGGUCUCACUCGUCUACAUGGCUGGCGCAUCGCUCGCCAGCGGCGGCGCACGCUGCCGACGCGCGCGCCAGCGUAAAGCGGGCAAACCAGGCGUAUGUCCCGCGGGCCCACAUCCUGAGGGCGCGGUGGCCACGCCAGACCACGGAUUGGGCGACUCCGUCGUGGAUUUGGGCGCAAAGUCCGACGACGAAGAACACAAUCCCGCAUCCAAGUGUCCUGCCGGGGGGUCCGCAGGGGGGUCCGCUCCGAGCUCUGCCGGGGCAAUGUGUCCCGGUGCGGCAGCAGCUGCUGCUGCUGCGGCCGCGGCGACCCCAGCUGCCAGCUGCCACUCGCGGUGCGUGGGCCACCUUGCCGUUCUCAGCGCCCUGGGCGUCGCAGGCUUCGUCCAAUCCGUUCUAGGGGUCUAUGGAGAGGGCUUGUUUGUGUAG